AUGUCUGCCGCUAUUAUUCCCUUGGUUCAAACUGAAAGCUGUGAUCUGCACAGCUGGUUUGUGUUCGUUCAUGCGGAAGAGGCUCUAGCUUUGCUUUAUUGUCUUGUCUGGUCCGCCCAUUAUAAAUCUUUAUUCCCUCCGUUUAACCCACCAACUAUUUCAAUCUUCGGCGGAACACCUGCUGCCGAAGGCGAAUUUCCUUAUGUGGUGGUUUUGCGCUUGAACGGAUACCUUUGUGGUGGUUCUUUAAUUGGCCGUUCCCACGUUCUGACGGCUUCUCAUUGUUUAGCAUUCUUUAGUCAGACAGACGUGGCCGGCUUCUACUUGCUGAUCAACACGUUGUUGAUGGACGGUGGUGGGCCUAAUUAUGUCACCAAAGGAGUCAAGAAAUUAAUCAUUCAUCCAAGAUUCAAUAAACAAUUCUAUAAUAACGACGUCGCUCUGUUGGUUCUGAGUUCACCAGUUGCUGCCAACAGCUCUUUCCUUAAUCUUCCAAGUAAUCAAGCAGCAGCAACCACAUUAAAACCAACAACUGUUAAACCCACCACGAAAACCACUGCUAAACCAAUUACAACUAAAGCUCCAGCCUGUUCGUGCACGUGUCCAACCACCACCCAAAAACCCGUUACCGUCAAAACCACCAAUAGACCCGCUACCGUCAAAACCACCAAGAAACCCGUUACCGUCAAAACCACCAAGAAACCCGUUACCGUCAAAACCACCAAGAAACCCGCUGCCGUUUUUCGAGCUUUCAGCACUUACACUAAAAUGUCGGCCACCAUUACUGGAUGUAAAAACACGGGUGACAGUGGGGGUCCCGUUAUUGUUAAUGGAGUUGUAGUUGGCAUCACCUCCUUCGGAGUCGGUUGCGCUGAUCCUAAAUAUGCCGGCGUCUACACCCGAGUCUCGACUUACGUCACUUGGAUUCAAACCACCCAAGCCAACAACCCGGGAUGA